UCCCCCCACGACGCGCCGGGCGGUCACAUGACCUCCGCGCGCGUCCCCGGCCGCUGCGGGCUCUGAGGACGAAGAGGAAAGACUGCGAAGUGGCCGCGGCGGUGACCAAGAGAUAAAGAAUGAGCCAGCAGGGGAAGAGAACAUCCUGCACACUGACUGACUGCUGGUGAUGAUGCUUUAUUUUUAUGUUGGGCAUCUGUGGGAUCUGUAGUAGAAAUGUAAGUACAGAAAUGCAGGUCUUUCCAAAGCUGCAGUUAAUUAGGUGAAUUGGUAUCUAUUAUGUUUAUUUCUAAUUUAUAUAAGACGAGCAUUUUAUAUUGACUUACAGAUGAUUUAUUGAGUUAACAGCUUUAUUCACAUUAAAUUAUUAUUAAUGUAGGUUUUGAAAAAUUUCCUUGUAGGGAAAAAUCUCUACUAAAAAGUAAAACUGAGAACAGAGGAAUUUGCUCAUAGAAGGCUAAAAAUCUGGAAUGAUCUCCAGGUCCUCUAGGUUCUACUUUCUCUCUACUUAGGAAUCUAUGUAAGUAAUCAAGAUAGCCAAAAAAUACCAGCUUUUACAUAUUCUUACAAAUUACACACAUGAGCAAGGUAAGGAUGACUUUCAGGUUACCACAAACUUGUUUGAAUAAAUUAAAGGAAUUGUCUUCAUACCAUAAUUGAUUUUUUUAAAAUUUAGUACAUUAUCGCUUUCCUUUCAUGCUGAUAUACCAUGGUCCCAGUUUCAGUAGUUAGUUGUCUUUUCCUAUCAUUUAGUGUUUGUGUAAUAUGUCUUAAAGUCUUACUCUACCUUGAACUUGCCCAUAUUAAACUUCAUUCUGUUACUGAAACAUUUUCACAAAUGAACAUCAUAUUUCCAUCUUCCAAAAUGAUAGGAAACUCUCCAACUUGAUGUUAUCCAUGAAAAAUGCCGUGAACGUUUUAUUGACCUUUACCAUCCUACUUGCGACUGCAGUGUUUCAAAUACUGAAUCAAAGACUGACCUUUGUAGAUACCAUUUCACACGUUCUCCCAGUUUGCCGUAUAGCUAUUGCUGGUUACUUUUCCAGUGUAAUACCCUGGGUUACAUACUUGCCUUAAAAGUAUUAAGUAUUUUUCCUAGUCAGUGUUGAGAAUAUUUGAUAAAAAAUGAUCCCGAUAAUUUUUCUUUAAAAUUAGGGCAGAUAGAUAUUUUAUUACGUUUCUUUUUUAAUUCUCUGUAUCAGAUAGUGUUGGUGCUGAAAGUAUAAGGUCCCUGCUAUCAAGAAACUGACUACAAGUUAGUAAGUGAAAGACACGUAUAUAAUUAGCAGUUAAUCAGUGGGACAAAUACCUUGUAGAGGUAAGAACAAAGUGCUACUGGAACCCAGAGGAGGAGGAUAUUAAAUCCAUUUGAAGGGUUCAGAGAAUGCUUCCGUGAACAGAGAACUUUUAACUUAGCUUUAAAAAAGGAAUAGAAUUUUAAUAGGCUGAGAAAAUUAAGAAAUAUUUUCAAACCGUAGGAAUGAGGAGGGCACAGAUGCCUAAACAGCAAGGCAUCUUAGGGGAGAGAGGGAAUAAUCAAAUGUGGGAAAGUGGGGUGGGGAAAGUAAAGGGAAUGAACAUUUAUCAAAAAUCUACUAUAUUACCAGGCGCCUACUGGCUGUUUUACUUCGAUUAUUAUUAAAGUUACAUUGAAAUUCAAGCUCCUUAUGUUUCAGCAGAACUAUAGAUAAUGCAGAUUUAUUUAUUUGUUUAUUUUGAGAAACAGUCAAUUUUUAAAAAAGUCAGUUGGGAAGGAAGAUGACUUUCAUUUUUGAUACGUCUGCACAUCUCUAAUUCUGAAGUGAUGUAUUAACUUACUUUUUUGUGUUUGCAGUUGGGUUCUGACUUUAGAUUUGACAAAAAUACGAUUUUUAAUCUUGAAGUUUUAUUGCUGGCUAAAUAGUUCUUCAGUACUUUGUACGUUAAAGACCUUUUUUGUUUAUAGUAAUUUUACCUUUUGACGAGAUGUCUUCAUAAAGGUUAGACAAAAUCUGAGUUUGAGAUUGCUACUAACUCUGAAAGUGAAGAUUUACUAGUAUUAAUAGACACUUAGGAUCUUCCAGAAAUACUUUUACAUGGUUUAUCUAUGGGAAGAAUAAUGGAAUUUAUGCUUAAAAGGUAUAAUACCACAUUUAAUUAGUAGAAGUCCUUGAAAAUGAAUGAUAUAUUUAUUGCGUUCAUUAGCAGAGUUGGAUUAACUUCAAUUCAAAUUUCCAUAUAUUAAAUUAUUUUUAACUUAGUAACCAGAAAAUAAAUGUCCUUUUUCCAAAUGAUCUCUUGAGUUUUGCAAGAAAUUUAUUAUACAGGGAAUACUUUUCUUGGAUUAGCAUUAACUCUACCGAAUCGUUGUUCUACAAAGAAGGGGGAAGGAAGCAUUUCUUGGUAUGAUCCACUGCAUAGAUUUAGCCUCCAACCUAUUGUAAGAUUAUUCAAACUAUGCAAAAUAGUUUAUAGGGUACGUUAAAAUGGUAAUAAAAAUGUACUCGAAGUAUGUCUAAUAGGCACAGCUAGUGGUUUUUUGGGUUGCUUUAUCUUGUUACGUAUCUUGUCCAUUAUCUAUGUACACUUCCAGGAUUAUAUAAGAAAUAUUACUAAGCUUUUCUACCCAUUUAUUAGUUGGUGAUAGACUAAAAAUAUACAUGGUGGGGUAACAGCAUCAGAAUUUAAAAUUUGUUAUGGCAAAUUGAUAGUUGACAGUAUUUCUAAUGAAAUAAUGAACCUUUCCAGUGACGUACUAUUUUAGCUAUCUGGUGUCCGUUAUCUGCUUUCUUAUAAAGUUUAUGUAACUGUACUUCACUGUAAUGAGGGAACCAGAAUACCUGCCCAAACAAUUGUUUUUCCUUUCCAAGUGUAUUGUUUUUAUAGUCCAUGCCUUCCCCUGAGAUAAUGUUAAUUGCAUUUUUAGUUUUGAUCUAUGUUUAGCUUUAUUCAUGUAUGUAAGAGAGUCAUACAAGACAUUGAUCAUUUUAAGCAAGGUGGUAAAUAAUGCUUUUAGGUAGAAAACAUUCUUUUCUGUAGGUAAGUUAGUUACAUCUGAUGGAAAACUGACUUUUGGGGUUAGUUUUACUAUAGGAAACACAACAUGCUUCAGGAUUAUGCCUUUAAAAUAUGACAUUGGUUCUAGUUACAUCUUGGAUAUCUUGUUUACAUUUUACCAGCAUUUUAGUUUUCUUUUUAAAAUUUUAAGUUUAUCAGCCUGUCCUUUGCCAAGAAGGUACCUGGAUAGUUUAGAAUGUGGACUUCUUGUAUACAAGAUACUGGUAUUGUUUUUUUCAAAGUAGUGGUAAGCAUUUGUCCAUCUCUUAAUUUUCUCUUAUAACUAGAAUCAAGCAUUAUUACUUACAGUUGGAUGGCUUUCUUAUUUUCUUCUUAAUUGGGGCUUUCAAUACAUACACAAACUAAAAAAAGAUUUUCAGGAACUUCAUUGACAGCUGAUUUCUUUGACCUAAUUUGAAAGAGAUGGAAGAAUAUACAUAUUGUUCUCCCAUUCUGCAUCUAACUUUUUUUUGUUACCAAAUGCUUUAAAUUAUCCUGAUAUGUAAGUGUAGCAAUAGGAUUUGAUGAAUUAAAACUAGGUAGCGAGUCCCUUAAAACUAUUCUCAGAGUUGUUGUGUUCUUUUCCUAGAUUGGCCUGUACAUAGGAUUUGCCAGUAAAAGAAAAAUGAGGAGCUGAAUUCAGUUAGCAAGUAUCUAUUAUAUUCUAUAUAAUCAACAGGAUGGCUGGCUGUGGUGAAAUUGAUCACUCAAUAAACAUGCUUCCUACAAACAGGAAAACGAAUGAGUCCUGUUCUAACACCGCACCUUCUCUAACUGUCCCUGAAUGUGCCAUUUGUCUACAAACAUGUGUUCACCCAGUCAGUCUGCCUUGUAAGCAUGUUUUCUGCUAUCUGUGUGUAAAGGGAGCUUCAUGGCUUGGAAAGCGAUGCGCCCUCUGUCGACAAGAAAUUCCUGAGGAUUUCCUUGACAAGCCAACCUUGUUGUCCCCUGAAGAACUCAAGGCAGCAAGUAGAGGAAAUGGAGAAUAUGCAUGGUAUUACGAAGGAAGAAAUGGGUGGUGGCAGUAUGAUGAGCGCACUAGUAGAGAGCUGGAAGAUGCGUUUUCCAAAGGUAAAAAGAGCACUGAAAUGUUAAUUGCUGGGUUCCUGUAUGUUGCUGAUCUUGAAAAUAUGGUUCAAUAUAGAAGAAAUGAACAUGGACGUCGCAGGAAGAUUAAACGGGAUAUAAUAGAUAUACCAAAGAAGGGAGUAGCCGGACUUAGGCUGGACUGUGACUCUAAUACCGUAAACCUAGCAAGAGAGAGCUCUGCAGAUGGAGCGGACAGUGUAUCAGCACAGAGUGGAGCUUCUAUUCAGCCUCUAGGCUCUUCUUCUGUAAGGCCCCUAACGUCGGUAGAUGGUCAGGUAACAAGCCCUGCAACACCAUCGCCUGAUGCAAGCACUUCUCUGGAAGACUCUUUUGCUCAUUUACAACUCAGUGGAGACAGCAUAGCUGAAAGGAGUCAUAGAGGGGAAGGAGAAGAAGAUCAUGAAUCACCAUCCUCAGGCAGGGUACCAGCACCAGAUACCUCCAUUGAAGAAACCGAGCCAGAUGCCAGUAAUGAUACUGAAGGUGUAUCUGCGCUUGUUGCAGAGCACUCCCUGACCCAACAGAGACUUUUGGUUCCUAAUGCAAACCAGACAGUAUCUGAUCUAUCAGAUAGAUCUGGGACUGAUCGAUCAGUAGCAGGGGGUGGAACAGUAAGUGUCAGAUCUAGAAGGCCUGAUGGACAGUGCACAGUAACUGAAGUUUAAAUAAAAGUCUUUAGCCCAUGCUCAAGGUUGAAAUGGUUCUCUGUAAAUUGCUGCCCACGUAGCAUUAUACUCAUCCCUAGUAGUGCAUUGUUGGGGUGGGAAGGGGUCUAGGAAGGAUAGACCUGUAAUUAAAAUGUCUAACACAUCUCUGUCUUUUGAGAAAUUUAUUUAAUGUAAGGAGCUUGGGUAUUAAUAGUUGAGAGCUGUUUAGUAAUAACCCAGUUUUCUUGAGGUCUGUUUAUUUUAUAGUUUUUUCUUUAGUUCUUUUGGCCAGUGUGUAUAUUACCUGUGCAUUAACAGUCCUCAUCCGAUUCUUGCAUUGUCUUAUUUUUCUGCAUGGAUUGACGUAAACUCAUUAAUAAAAUUUGGUGCCUAUGAGAUGUUUGCUAUCAGUAUGAGCAGGAAGCUUAUUAAUGUGAGAAUAGAUGUGAAUUUGGAAUUUUAGAAUAACAACCAUUUUAUAGUAGUUUCUGAAAUGGAAAUGUAAAGAAAACAGCUAAUAAGUUUCAGAAUCUUCUCUGUAACACUUAAUGGUUUCCAUAGGCUUUGCUGUCUAGUCCUUGUAGUUUGAGGUUUCUCUUAAUCAACAUUUUUGACUACAAAUUUAUAAUUUAAUAAAUACUACAGUUUACCAAAAAUAAUUUGUUUCUUGUUUGAGUCUGGAUAGGGGAUGGAAACAUUUUGACAUUUAAGCAGGGUUCUGAAAAGGUGGUGAUUUGAAUUGGUGCUGUUCAACUUAAAAAUUGUCACCUGCUCAGAAAUGUUUUAUUUCUUAAUAGAGGAUAUUUAAGCAGAAUCUACAGGCAGUGUUUGUGGAAUAAAUACGUAUGGAAAUAAAA